AUGUCGAUGAUAGCUGAUGAUCCGCAAGGUCAAUGUCAAAAUAAUGCUCAAACUCAAAUCCAUAACCAACAAUCGGACUCGGAAUAUGUGCAAAGUAGUGAUGAAGAAGAGAUUGAUGAUGAUUUCGAGUAUUCCACCGGCACCCCAAAGGUGAAAUGGAACUUAAUGAAACCAGUGUUUGGUGAAAGGUAUGAAUCCCCACAUCAGCUGAAAUUGUGUUUAACUAACUAUGCUAUUAGUAAGGGUUAUCAAAUUCGUUUCAAAAAUUGUGAUAGUGUUAGACUAGUAGCAAUAUGUUGA